AGCCGGGUGGGCUGAGGGCAGGCGGCGGCUUGGGAGCCGGGGAAGUUUGGGCGACCGUGGGCAGUGCUGCCAUCCGGACCCAGGUUGAAGCCGGAGGACCAGGGGGCGGGCGUACUGGCUUACGGACGCCCCCAGGCCCGCUGCCACUGUGUCGCGUCCUCUCGCCUGGAAAAGUGUUUAAGCUUUUAAAAUGUCAUCUAUCAAGCACUUAGUUUAUGCUGUUAUUCGUUUCUUACGGGAACAAAGUCAGAUGGAUGCUUAUACUUCAGAUGAACAAGAAAGUUUGGAAGACAUUUAAAAAAGCCCUGGAAGAGGAGCCUCAGUUCUCGUACCAGCCUUACCGUAGUGUUGCAAUUCAGUGCUUGGAGACAGUUUUUAAAAUCAGCUCAGAAGAUACCCAUCUAGCAGUUUCACAGCCUUUGACAGAAAUGUUCACCAACUCCUUCUGUAAGAAUGAUGUUUUGCCUCUCUCAAACUCAGUGCCUGAAGAUGUGGGAAAAGCUGACCAAUUAAAAGACGAAGGCAAUAACCACAUGAAAGAAGAAAAUUAUGCUGCUGCCGUGGAUUGUUACACACAGGCAAUAGACCUGGAUCCAAAUAAUGCGGUUUAUUAUUGCAACAGGGCUGCUGCUCAGAGUAAAUUAGGUCACUACACGGAUGCAAUAAAGGACUGUGAGAAAGCAAUAGCAAUUGAUUCAAAAUACAGCAAGGCCUAUGGGAGAAUGGGAUUGGCCCUCACUGCCAUAAAUAAAUUUGAAGAAGCAGUUACAAGUUAUCAAAAGGCAUUAGAUCUUGACCCUGAGAAUGAUUCUUAUAAGUCAAAUCUGAAAAUAGCAGAACAGAAGUUAAGAGAGGUAUCUAGUCCUACAGGAACUGGAUUGAGCUUUGACAUGGCUAGCUUAAUAAAUAAUCCAGCCUUCAUUAGUAUGGCAGCAAGUUUAAUGCAGAAUCCUCAAGUUCAGCAGCUAAUGUCAGGAAUGAUGACAAAUGCUAUUGGGGGACCUGCUGCUGGAGUUGGGGGACUAACUGACCUGUCUAGCCUCAUCCAAGCGGGACAGCAGUUUGCUCAGCAGAUACAGCAACAGAAUCCUGAACUCAUAGAGCAACUUAGAAAUCAUAUCCGGAGCAGAUCAUUCAGCAGCAGUACUGAAGAACAUUCGUGACUUGACCAGGGACCCUGGCCCAGAGCACAAAUGAUUAUGGCUCUUAAGUGUUUGCUGUAGAUAGUGGCCAAAACAAAGACACCUAAAGAAUCAAUCUGUCUAGAUGAUAGGUUUGUCAUAAAUAGACUGAACAUAACAUGACUCCUUUGUAAACAAAUGAUUAGUAGCCCUGUGGAGUGCCAGUAUAGUACUGGACAGGGUUCCAUUUUCAAAUCUUCAUCAUCAUAUUUGUAUAUUAGACCAAAUAGCAGAGUAUAUAUAUAUUGAACAGUAGGGCUGUUUAUCAGUGAGCUCUCUAGCUUUGGAUUCCCAUAAGCAAACCCUUUUGAGUUUGAUGGGAGAUGACCAAGGGGAAAGGUUUCUCAUGCUGGUUUAGAAAUAUCCUGGCCACUGAAUAGCAUGUCUGGGAAAAGAAAUUUAUUGUCUAGGUUUCAUUUUGAUAGUGCUGUCAGUACUAAAUAUAGAUCACAGGGGCCAGUACUAUCUUUAAUGCUGCUUGUUCUGAAGGGUAACACGGAAUACUAAGAGCUGGUGGAAAGCAGCAUUUGGUGCAAGGGUUGUUUUGAAAAGAAAAAUAGAUGCUGUGAAUGUACAGAGAGUGAAGGUAGGAUGUUCAGGUUUUCUGCAUAGUUCUUAACCAGUCUUGCCUGCAGUUUGGUCUUGAUAACAUUAGCAUGGCCAAUUACUCUAAGUACAUAAUAAAAUACAUUUAGAAAUCCUUAAUGGUACUGUUUAGGUCCUUUGUAUAACUGUUCAAUUUAUCUUGCACAAUUUCCCCAGUGGUGACUUUACCAUGGGAACUCUCAAAUAUAUUUACAUUUAAAUAAGCCAGUGGUUUGACCCUCAAGGAUUUUCUAAGUGGCAUUUAAUUAUGUGCAUAUAAAUACUGAUUUUUAAAAAACUCACUAAUUAUUUGAUGGAUUAUAAAAACUUCUAUCAUUAACAUUGCUUGUUCAUGUAAACCUUUGCUGUAAUUUGGCUUGGCAUGUUGCUUUUAUGCUUAAUCUUAAUUUGAUGCAAUGUAAACAUUAAUGGGGACUUAAAAUAUUUCACUGAAAUCAGAAUUCACAGUAGUUAAGAAAUGUGGCAUUAAGUAUUAAUGGCAUGGCUUUGACUACAGCGAUGGUAAGACCAUUCUAAUUGGAAUUUCUUUUGUUAAUUAUGGAAUUGGUAAAAUUGGGUGAACACAUAACAAUUUCACAAGUGUGAGAGACAACUGAAAAAGUAAUAUAAAAUUAAGUCAGUAAUACUCAUGAUGACGAAGGCCUUACUAUAACUAUUCUCCUCAGAAGACCUGGCAUCUAGAAGUUUAAAUACCAACUUUUCCUUUCUUUCCCCUUGUGAGUUUAGAAUAAUGGUUCUGUAAUUUCACUGUAAGAAUUCAUUAAAAACGAAGUUUCAGAGCCAUACUUUCAAUUUUUAUUUAACAGGUCCUGUAGUAAGGCCUAGGAAUCACCAUUUUAAAGUAGCAUACCAGGUGGUUGUGAUGUAGGUCCAAGGACUCUAAUUUAGAACAAAAGUAUGGUAGAGGUAUCGCCUCAGACCAGCAAAUACCCGAAUGCCUGCGUUCAGGUUACAAAGAUGACCCAUAUAAAUCCAUAGUUCUGCCCAGAGAAGAGCAGUACUUAAAAUUUUAGAUCCUCUGAAUUAAAUCGCCUGUAUUCCAUCUAAACCAACUUAAUUUUUAAUAAAUUCAGAUCCUAGUGUUCAAGUGUUAAACAGAAUGAAGUACUAACUAUUCACAUGAAAGUUAGGACUGUUCUGGGGAAAAAAAAGGUGAAAGGGCGAAAGGUGAUUCACAAUUAAAAAUUAGCUACUCCUGGGGCACCUGGCUGGCUCAGUAGGUAGAGCAUGUGACUUUUUGUCUCGGGGUCAUGAGGUCAGGCACCACGUUGGGCAUACAGCUUGCUUAGCAACAACAACAAAAAUUAGCUACUCUUAUCCAGUGGUAAGAGAAAGUUUCUAACAAAACUAUCUUGACUGUGUUAAAAUGCUCUUAGAUCAAUAAAAUUGGUAAGCCUAUAGAUGGCUGACUAGGAAAAUAGAGAAAAUACAAAUCAACAGUACCAGAAGUAAAAGAGGGGAUAUCACUACAGCCUUUCAGACUUUAAAGGGAUAAUCAGAAAAUAGUGACCAACUCUAAGUCCAUAUACUGAACAACUUACAUGAAACAGAUGAAUUCACUGUAAGAUAAAGAUUAGCAAAGCUCAGGGAAGAAAGAGGUAUCCUCCAGAAAAGCAGGUUACAGGCCAAGAAGAUUUCAGUGGUAAAUUCUACUGAAUACUUACAGGAGAAAUACUAUCAAAUCUACACUUUCUCUUUCAGAAACAGAAGAAGAGGUAGCACUUUGCAACUCAUUUUAUUUAGCUAUUUACUCUGAUACCAAAAUCAGACAAAGGCAUUAUAAGAAAAAACACUUUAAAACAAUGUCUUGAUUUGCUAAUAUCUAUAAUUGCGGUAAGCCAUUCUUUUUAUGAAGCACUGGUUUAUUCCUUCCAUUUCAACUUUCUAGUUUGUUUCUUGUUUUAUAUACCACCUAAAACAAAUUCAGUUGAGGUAUCUGUCCACUGAUUUGGAUUUCCAUACUAUUCAAGCCAGUUUUGUUCUUCAAAUACCUUCAUCACUUUGGAAUCACUGCACUGCUAAUUAUUUCAAGGAAGUUUUGUGCAGAUGGAUUGUGCUAGCUACUCUUAAAAUGAUAAGGGAUGCCCCAAAUACUUUCCUGGCUUAUCCGGAACAAGAGGACAUUAAAGUAAAUCUUUAUAUACAUUCUACUUAGGAAUGAGUGGCUUCUGUUAACCACACUUCAUUGUAAUAGCUAUAGCUGUUAUGAUGCUAUGUAAAACUUAAAAGGUCCCUUUUAUACAAAUGACAUUUUCAUUUAAUGUACCGAACUGUUUAGCUAAUUUUUAUAAUAUGGUUUCAACAGAUCCCAAGAUGACACUGUCUAACUUUUAGUUAGAGAAUGGAUAGUGUCUAUUAUGAAAAGAGACUUUGACCAUUAUAUGUUACUUUUAAAAUCUGGAACAAUGAAACAGAAGGUUCAGUCAUGAGAAGAUGCUUAAAAAACAUUCAAAAUACACAGUGCAGUGGAUAUAAAGUCUUAUCAUUUAAUCAAUCUUACUCAUUCUGGAAGAAAGAUUUCAGCUUUAGACUGCUUGCACUUUAUUUUGCACAGAUAGUUCGUUAUUAGUGAAAUUUAAGGGGCAGAUCUCAUUCUGAAUAUAGCUUUACUCUGGACCAAAUAAUUUGUCAUGGCAAUAAAUAAUUAUGCAUUUAUGAAAAACCAA